CUUCCCGCCCCGAGUUGUCGAAUGUUGAUGACGUCAAUGUAAUGGCCGCUGUCGCUACGCCGUGCGGGUGUUGUACAGUUUGUCCGCCACAGCAGCUGAAUUAAACCUGUAGACCGCAGUGGGCUGUGUCAGCGGUAGGGUCCGCGGGUAACGCCGUCAGUAAAGAGCUCCGGGUCGGCAAGGUGAAUGAGAGUGUGUGCUUGUUAGCGGUUAGCCGACUGUACCCGCGACGUUAGCUUAGCUUCGCGGAGGCUACAUUGUUAAGGGAAAGGAGGUGAAUGUGCAGCCGCGUAGGCUCGCUCCUAAAGCGGCAGCGUUCUGUCAUUUCCUCCGCUAAGCCGGCUGGUUUCCAUGUUUAUAUCGCGGUGGAGGUUUGCAGUACGUUUCGGACAGUUUGCGCUCGGUUAGCCGGCUCUCCGCGCGUCGUCAAGUUCGGGGCCUAGUUGCCAGCUAGCGCGACCUGCUAUUAAUAUUCUCCAAUGGAUACCCCUGAAAGCCCUACCCAGUCUCCUCAGUCUCCUGAGGAGGAAGAAAGGGGUCUUUCUGACUCUGAGCUGCUCCAGUACCGCGAUGAAGAGGUGGACCGGGUCAUCUCUGACAGCGAGCUGCUCCAGGACGAAGAGGUGGGAGGCCUGGUCGACGAGGAUGAGGAAGAAGUGGUGGAAAGCCAAGGAAGAGGUUCGGACUUGGAGGAUGAGGUCGUCCCUGACUUCGUCUCUGAUCCAGAGGAUGAGGAGUUGACAGGAGAUGGAGGAGGGAUGGAGCAGGAAGAUGAGACCAUUGUGCUAAUGGAUGGGGAUGAAGAUGCUCCGCAGGGGGGGCAGUUGGAGGAGGGAGAGGAUAGAAUUGUUGACACCCCGCAGUCUCCCGACUCAGAUCCUGAACAGGCCGAGAGUCACGUAGAGCCUGAAGAGGAUGGAGAAGAUGGUGAGGGAGGAUAUGAUGAGUACAGGACACACAUCUCAACAGAGCGAGGGGAUGAGGAAGAGGAGGAGGAAGAUGAGAGGAGGAGGGCUGUUGCAGUGAGGCAGAUGAAAGACGACUCUGCAUCAGUUUCUCGUGAGCUGGAUGAGCAUGAGCUAGAUUAUGACGAGGAGGUCCCAGAAGAGCCCAGUAUUCCUGUGCCCGAUGAAGAGGAGGAUGAUGAAGACACAAAAGUAGAGGGAGAAGAGGAGGAGGAGGAAAGUGAGGACAAGAGCAGCAAGAAAAAGGUGAAGAAACCAAUCCUUCCGCCAUCUCCUAAAGAUAUCGCAUCCAGAAGGACAGACGAGUCUAAACCACUCGAGAGGACACGCAGAGAGACCUUCAGAGACAAGAAGAAGGACGAAGAUGAUGGAGAGAUCGAUGAAGGAGAGAUUGAUGAUGACGACCUGGAGGAGGGGGAGGUGAAAGACCCCUCGGACAGGAAGAUCCGACCACGUCCCGUCUGCAGGUUCUUCAUCAAAGGAAAUUGUACAUGGGGAAUGAACUGCAGAUUCAUCCACCCUGGAGUCAACGACAAAGGCAACUAUUCCCUCAUCAGCAAGCCGGACCCCUUCUCUCCUAACGGAGCUCCUCCAGGAGGACCCCAUCCACUCAUCCCCAACAACCCCUGGGCUGCUCCUGCUGUGGAGGAGCUUCCUCCCCCACCACCCCCGGUGGAACCUCCUGUGGAGAGUGCCUGGGAGAGGGGUCUGAGGCAUGCCAAAGAGAUGCUGAAGAAGGCCACCAUCAGGAAGGAGCAGGAGCCCGACUUUGAGGAGAAGCGGUUCAAUGUGACCAUCGGAGAGGACGAGAGAGAACUGGACAAAGAGAACGAGUUCUUCAGAGAACGCAGCUACCACAUCAUCAGAGAGGAGAUGGACUUCAGGGAUCCCAUUUACUGCGAUCCAUAUGCUGACCCCUACUACGACUAUGAGAUGGAGGCCUUGUGGCGAGGUGGCCAAUAUGAGAACUUCAGAGUCCAGUACACCGAAGCCCCUCUUCCCUACCACUACAGUGAGCGAGAACGCGACCCUCGAGAGCGCCACCGAGAGCGAGAGCGAGAGAGAGACCACCGUGAGAGGGAGCGGCGGCAGCGAGAGAGGGAACGGGAGAGAGAGCGGGAGCGCGAGAAGGAAAGGAUGCGACGGAAAGAGGAGUGGGAGAGGGACCGAAUGAAGCGCGAUGAGAAGGAGAGGCCAAGGAUGCGACCUCCUCGAGACGCCAGAGAGAAGAAAGAGGAGGACAAGCUGAAACCACGCUCACCCCUCAACAUGCCUCCAAACUGCCUUUUCAGCAGGCCAGUAGAGCCUCCCUCAAAGAAAGAGAUGCUUCCAGUCAUGAGGCGACCAGAUGAGUGGAAGGACCCAUGGCGCCGAUCCAAAUCUCCUAGGAGACGCCCUGGACUAGGCUCUCCACCACGAGGCCGGCGGCGACACCGCCCCUCGGGUUCUUCUGUCUCACUGUCCAACUCCUCCAGGUCUUCGUCCCGCUCUUCGUCCUACUCUGGCUCCGGGUCGUCCCGUUCACGCUCUUCCUCUUUCAGCUCCUACUCCAGCCACUCUUCCCAGCACAGCUCGUUCAGUGGAAGCCGUUCCAGAUCUCGGUCGUUCUCCACGUCUCCCUCAGCGAGUCCAGCAGCACCCAGAAACAUCCGGAAUAAACCGGACCUCCCACCGACCGCCCCAAAGGGCAUGCUGCUGAAGCCAGGUGCCAUGCCCCCUCCUCGCAGGGACAAGCCCCCUAUGAAGAAAGCUCCCAGUCCACCUCUGCCCAGCGGUCCCCAGGCUAGGCCCUCCAAACCUCCAAUGGAGGGAGGUAAGCCUCCCAGCAACCCCAGGGAGGGCGGCGGUGCUGCUGGAGGAUCAGGAGCUGCUGUAGUGGGAAGACCUCCGCCACCACGGGAACCUGGAAGACCACCCAACCCCCGGGAGGGGAGGCAGAAAGAGAGGCCACAGCAUCCUCCCCGGAGGCGAACUGUAAGUGGGAGUGGAAGUGGUAGUAGUUUUACUGGGUCUAGUUCAAGAUCCAGAUCCUCAUCCAACUCCUUCUCACGCUCACGAUCUGGAUCCAGAAAAUCCAGGAAGUCCAGGUCACUUAGCGUGAGCAGCGUUUCCUCAGUGUCGUCGGCAUCGUCCAGCAGCAGCUCUGUGCGCAGCGCCGAUUCUGACGACAUGUACGCUGACCUGGCCAGCCCGGUGUCAUCCGCCAGCUCCCGGUCGCCCACUCCAACCCAUCCCCGCAAAGAGCGAGGGCCGCCGCGGGACCGGUCCCCACCAGGCAAAGACAAGAACAGGGACAGACCAUCAAAGAAAGACGAACCUCUCAGAGACGAUCGCAGGAAAAUGGACCAAUCAGGUGCUCCCCCUAGAGGAGGUAAUACCAUGCCCAGAUCGGGACCUGGUAACAGGGGAGGCCAUCCAAUACAUGCACCACCUGGCCCCAUGGGUCCGCCUGGAAGCUACGGAGGCUCAAGUUCCCACAAAGACAUCAAACUCACCCUCCUCAACAAGCAGGGAGACAGAGGCAACAGGAAGCGGUACCUUCCUUCAGACAAAGACAGACCCAGUUCCCCCGUCAGCAAGAGGAUGGCCAUGUCUCCGGACAGAGGCCGUGAUAAAAGGAUCCCUAGUCGACCCCCGCUGUCCCCACGAAUGGAUCGGCCCAGAGGCCAAGGACUGCGAACCAUGCCCCCCCAGGGAGACAGAAAACGACCUCUGUCUCCUCCGCCCAAGUCGUCUGGAAAAGGCCCAGCACCGCCGACGAACAAGCCGCCAGCCUCGGCACCCGCCGCUGGCUCCAGCUCGGGCAAAUCCAGCAAUACGCUGUCCCGCCGUGAGGAGCUCCUGAAGCAGCUGAAGGCCGUGGAGGACGCCAUCGCCCGCAAACGGGCCAAGAUCCCCGCCAAGUAAACAGAGGUUCACCUGCUCGUCGGCCUGCCUGCAACGACCACGAGGGCGGAGGACCGGAGCGUUGACUCGCCGUGCCCCGCCCUCUGGUGGAGCUGUAAAAAUGACCAUUUCUUGUUUGGAGGCCAUUUAAUAGACAGGAAACCAUCCUGUACUCGCUCAUUGCUCCAUUUUCAGACCAUCUUUGCUCCCACUUCUGUGUCAGUGCUGCAGCAGGAAGUGGGCGGGGCUUGUGAUGAGUGAUGGAUGCCUCAGGAAUGGAGGGUGAGGAUGGUAAGCUGCACCUGCUCGCCGGCUGGAACCUGGAACAGAUUUCUACACCCCCAACCGACUAGUUCAGUCUUUCUCUGCCCUCUUUUACCGUCUUGUUCUUUUUUUCCUGUGCAGAACAACGCCACUAUCGGCUCCACCCUCCUCUCCACGCAUGCGCGUGGGACCGCUGUGGGGCUCGUACAGCCUCCACACAUAAAAAUCAUCAGAUUUCUUCAGGUGUUGGACUUUAGACGACAUUGAUGUGAAGUUUUUGUUUUUCAAACAUUUAGUUUUCUUCUUGGCUCUUCAGUGAUAAACGUGUUUUCUUUGUGUCACAUAUUUAGUUAGAGGACAGUGAGAUGAGGACAGGAAUAUUUAGAGAUGAGCGUUGUCUUGCUUUUGUGACAAAAAGCCUUCUAAAUAAACUAUUUUGAUAAAGAAAA